UCUCCUCAGCCUCUCCUCCCUUGUCUGUCUCCCUGAGAGUAAAGCCGCAGCGUUCUGCAAUAAUCAGCUGCCUGUGAGGAUUAACAGGACAAGUGAGGUGCCAUGGGCCAGCUCUGCUGCUUCCCAUUCUCUAGAGACGAAGAGAAAAUCAGUCACAAGAAUGGGAGAGAACCAGAUGAUGCAGAACUUUUGAGUUUGAGCAAGAGGCUGGUGGAAAAUGCAGUACUAAAGGCUGUACAGCAGUACAUAGAAGAGACACAGGCCAAAGCCAGACAGACAGAUGGGAUAUUGCUGGAAGCUUCCAAUAGUGAGAAAAAUGAAAAUAACACAGUCAUGGCACAAUGAGAACAGUUUGCACCUGAAAGUAAAUGCCUAAUUUUGAAACUCUGCCAAAAACUAUUUAGUGGCUGUUGGUUUCCUAUACAGGCAGAUAUGCAUAAUGCAUUUGGAUUCAAUUUCCAUCUUUCUGGCAGGCUUCAUGAUAAUCGAAUACACUGAAAAUGGGAAUCAUUUACCUUUCUGCAAGGUGAAUACUUACUAAGAUUUUUUUUAUACAGUCCGGAGAAGAAUGGGAACCUUCUGUGAAUUCAAAAAUGAAUGGCCAUCCAAGAGGCCGUGCAACUAUAGGAAGCCAUGACUUUAAUUGUUUUCACUAGAGAUGUAGAAUUUCUUUUAUUUGCAGCUGGAGGUUCCAAUCACAUCACUGAUGUUGCAACAGCAGUCUUCAAAAGCUAUGCUAGUUUCCUUGCUGGAUGUUUUAUCAGAGAUAAUAUAUUGGCAGUUCGUUGUUGUAUUGGAUUCUCUAAUGUUUUGUGAUACUAUGCAGUAUUUCUCAAUAACAUCUAAUCAUAAAAUAAAUCUAUUUUUGACACCUGGCA